ACACUAAACAUCUCAUUGUAAAUAAACAAAUGUCUGACGAGGAAGAGGAUUAUAUGUCUGACAAGUUCCUGGCUGGGUUGCAGGAUGUUCGGCCCAGCCUGGUGCAUAAUCGUGGUACAAAGCGGCAGAUUGAAGUUGAAACCAAAAAGGAUGAGCUGAAGAAGCGGCAACGCGAGGCAACUAUUGCCUCCGGAAAAGUGGAUAAUGAACGCCUUCAGCAGUCGCUAAACAAACCAAUAUCUGCCAAUAACAAGGGCUUUCAGCUGCUAGCCAAAAUGGGCUACAAAGCAGGUUCUGGAUUGGGAAAGCAACCGGAUGCACGAACGGAACCAGUGGGGAUCACAAUGAAAUCUGGCCGAGGAGGCCUAGGACGCGAGGCAGCUGUGGCUGAGUUGACCCUGAAGCGCCAGGAGCUGCGGAGAGCUCACCUCCUUAGCAAGGCGGGCAUUGAAUCCCAUGAAGAAAUCAGUACCGAGGCAUACCGGAAACGUGCGACACUCAAAGCAGAAGAGCGAAAAUUGCAGUACGACAUAAAGCGUUGUCAGCAGACUUGCGAAUCCUUAGAUGUAAAGGCAGGUGUUUUGGAACCAGAUCUGGAGUUCUUUUGGCCUCCCAAACCAAAGGAGGAAGAUGAAACAGAGGACGAUGAAGAAGAAGAGGAGGCUCCUAAGGAGGAUCAAUAUAAUCCAUCGGAGCAACUGGAACUACUCACUGGCUACCUGCGCACUGCUUAUUCCUUUUGCUAUUGGUGUGGAACGCAUUACGAGGAUGCUGAAGAUCUGACUUCGAAUUGUCCAGGUCUUACACGCGACGAUCACUAGCUCCAGAUAAUAAAAAAAGAAAAAAAUAGAUUAAGAACCCAUUAUUACGGAAAUCUCUUUAUGUUUAAAAUUAUUUUACAAUACAUAAUUAAAAAACA